AAUCGAUUGGUGCGUCGAUUGUCAGUGCUUCGGAGAAAGAGAAAGAAAGAAAGGGAGAGAAAGAGAAGUGCUGUUUUCCGAGUUACCUUCGUCGAAGGAUUACGCGUGGCGGUCGGUCUCUUCCGUAUCGCGAGACAAUCCUUGGCAUGCGUAGAACGGAGGGCGAGUCGUGCGUACGGCUCGUUCCGAGGCUAGCGAAGGGAUCAAAGGAGGAGGGUCGUCUGACCGCUCUUGAGCGGUUCGAGGGCCGGUGAGCAGCGCGACAAGGCGAGUAUAUCCCUUGCCUCCUCGGCCGACGACUAGCAACCCUCCCGUCCGUCACCGUCGACGAACAACAGAACAGAUGUCCUGACAGCGGGCCCCGGGCCACCAGGAUGCCGACAGACGACGACUAUGGCCGAAGAGAUCGUCUCCUGUUGCACCAGCUCCCGAUCGCUCAGUACGGGUCCUCGUCAUCCCCGCUUCCCGGAUCGACCGCGCCGAAUUCCAGCGGCGUGGUGGGGCUCCAGAUUGGCCCCAGUAAUCCUAACGACUGCUUCAAGCAGCAAGUUCAUCAGCAGCAGCUGCAGCAGCAGCAACAACAGCAACAAUCGUCCGACUUGCGUGCGGUCACGAGUACUACGAGCCAAUUGGGCUAUCAGUCGGAUCAACAGACCCAAAGCAACGAGCAUGUCGGGGCCCGAAUGGUCGAUCGGCACGAGAAGUCUGCGGAGAAGCCCACGAUCGACUUCUCGAAGUGCGGAGAAGGUCGUCCAUCGAGUUGCGACCGCUUUGGGCAUUAUCAGGCCCAAAGCGGUGAACAUGCGGCGAGCCGGAUGGGCGUCGAGCGGCAUGAGAAGGCCACGGACAAGUCUUCUAUCGAUUAUGCCAAGUGUGGAGAGUCUCGUCAGUCGAGCUGCGAACGUUACGGACAUUAUCAGGCCCAGAACGGCGAUCAGGCCCACGUGGUGGGUGCUCGAAUGGCCGAACGGCACGAAAAGCCACCACCGUCCGAUAAGCCAUCGAUCGACUUCACCAAGUGCGUCGCCGACGGCCGACAGUCGAGCUGCGAGCGUUUCGGGCAUUAUCAGACUCCGACGUUUGGUCAAUCCCCGUUGCAAGGCCACUACAGCGCGUCGCGGUCCGUCGAUCGUUUCGCGCGCUUCAACGACCUCAGCGCGCUGCACGGCACGGAACAACGGGGAGUGGUGGUGCCGCCACCGACGAGCGCGGAUCGUUACUCGAUCUGCAAUCCGGAACUGCGUUUCGAUACGAGCACGAGUACAAGCGAGCCCGGCGAGUAUGCGAACGCGAACGCCCUCACGGGCACCUUCUCCACGGAGACGUUCCCGUCGCCGCCGUCGCCGGCGCCGGCGAACGACCGUUUCGUCCCACCACCGCCGUUGUCGCCCAGUCCGAGCGAGAAGUACGCCUCGAGCCAGAGCCUGGCUGGUUACCCUGUUGCUGAUCGCGUUCUGCCCCCCAAUUCUCCGGGGCCCAAGUACGGAGCCGGCGGCACCGCUCCAGCAUCGCCGAUGCCCUCCAAGGAGCGCUUCGCCUCCGCCGAACGGCUGUUGGCCGGUCAGCAGUCAGUCGCAGGCGACGCCAAGGAUCAGCAACGCUACGCUGGACCACCUGAUCGCUUGCUCUCGGGCUCCUCACCAGUCCUGGGCGGACUCCAGGCUGGACUACAAGCCGGGCUCCAGAGUAGCGGCCUCUACGCCAAAGACACCCGUUAUGCCGCCAUUUCUGCUGAUAGGUUACUAUCCUCCUCGCCGAUACACGCUCCGGUGCCAGAGAGGUUCGCCGGCAAGUCGGAUCGGUACUUGGCCGAGUCGCCUAUUCACGACAGGUAUCCUCGACAGGAUCCGCCAACGGCAACACAUCAUGAACGAUAUUCGGCGAUGGCGACGGCCACCGAGAGGUUCCUCUCGAAUUCGCCUAAUCCUGAGAGCGCGCAUCAGCGUUAUUCAUCGUCGGAUCGCUCGUCUCUUCAAACUACGUCCAGCGGCACCGAGCAAUCUAGGCGCCUCUAUACUGACAGGGGCGUCGAGACGGUUUGUCAGAAGUACACGGAUCGGUCCACCGGCUCCCCGGCGUCCGCCGAUUUCGGCCGGUACUCUGGCUUCCCGGAGGUCGGCACCAAUCAGACGCGAUAUGUGUCCAGCAAUGACCGUUUCAACGAUCUCGCGCUGCAGCGAUGCGGCCAGUCGCGCUCGUCGACAGACAGGUUCUCCAGCGAUCGCUACCUCGCCGGAUCGUCACCCGCGCACGAUGGCAGGUUGUCUAGCACCGAGACGCCGCGCUACAUCGUCUCCUCUACUGAACGUCUACUGGCGCCGACGUCCUCCUCGCCAUCCUCCUCUUCGGAGACCGGCACAAGAUACCAUUCGCCCUACACGACCACUACUGGCACCCAAUCGUCAGCGUCCAGUGAUCGUUUCACGUCAAUAUCACCGACGCCCGAAGCGUCACCGAGUAUCCACCGCGGUAACAGCAGUGGUGGCGGCGGCGGAGGCGGCAGCGGCGGCGGCGGCGGCGGUGGCGGCUAUCAAAACACGAAGAGUACCGUCGACAAGUACCUGGUCUCGAAAUCAGUUCAGAGCAGCUACGAUCGCUACUCGGUCGCCGGCCAAAACGAUCAUCAGUUCGGCCAAGACAGGUACUUUGCAUCCGGAGGUGGUAAUGACCGAUUUCAGACCUCUACCGGAGCUGACCGUUUUCACACUGCUGCUGAUCGUUACUCGCCGGCGCGCAGCGUCGCCGACAAGUACCUGUCUUUGCCGAAGCCCAAGGACAGGUUCACUGGCCGCAUAACACCCAUCUCCUGCGCCACCGCCGUUGCAACGUCGACCACCGAUCGUUCCUACGGCUCUUCCAGCGUGAGCUACGUGCCUCCGACCGCGCAUACCCCUGUCGAGCGAUACGUACCUCAACCACCCCCGGAAGUACUCUAUCCGGACAGGUAUGUGGACAGGUACGUGCCGCCCGCGGCGCAUACACCGACAGAUCGAUAUGUACCCGCGAGCGACCCAGGCGAUCCGUAUAUGCGUCGCGACCUCGGCUUUCACCAUCAUUACCGGCUACCGCCGCCCGCCGGUUACCCGUACCAGACGCACUUCCGUUUUCGCGGGUUCGCGUACGCUACGUCCGGCCGGCUUGGCGGCAGUCCCGGCUCCAGUAGCUCCAGCAGCACGACAUCCAAUCAGCGGGAGACUUUUGCCACAUCGCCGUUGCUGAGGCCCAAGGUGCGCGCGUCCACGGUCGAGUUCGGUACCGCCGCCGGUCCCGUUGGCGGCGUCGCGACUACCACGGCGACCACCGGUGUUGGUGUCGCCGUCGGUCGUCACGUGUGCGCGAACCCGGUCGCCUGUUGCGGAGACACAUCCGCGAACGGAAGAGCCUGCUGCCAGAUGAGGAGGUCCCUGCCGCCUGGAACGCUUCCGACAAUACCCGCUCAGACUUCGUCAUGGCAACCAUCGCCGAGUUCUGGUACCACCGGCACCUCCACGGUGUCGUCGACGACGGAGGGCGACGCGACCCAAAGCAUCGGCAUGUAUCCGAUGGGCGUCGCGACGUCCGCCACCGUGACAACGGCGACGCCGGUGACGACGACGGCUUCGGCGACGGCGUCAGUGCCGUUGACGGCUACGUCGGGUACUGGAACCGGUAUCGCCAGGAGCGUCUCCGCGCCGAGUGCGCCACGCCCGGUUGUCCAGAUCAGCAGCUCUUCGGCGAGCACCUCGGCGACGCAACGACCGAGGCUGCGAAGGAACCUCAGUCGUACUGAAGCCAUUCGGAAUUACAUCAGACGUGAAACGGCGCAAUUCUUCGGGGUCGACGAAGAAUCGGAAGCCCUAGAGAAGCAGAGAUGGCUGGACCGACGACGGCGCAUGGCGUCGAGGAAGUACGGCGCGUUGGUACCGGAACACAGACCGCCGGAUCCGGACAUCACCAGGGACGUACCGGACACGACCGAGAUACCGGAAGGUGUUACGCUCAGACGAUGGCAACAACCAGUACGGAGAAAAGAUUCUGUUGCGAGGAUAACGCUGUCGGGUCUCCAUUACAUCGUCGAGUCGCUGACGAAGCAACGUCCUCGCGAACGCUCGCAAUCGCGCUCAGAAUCGCGCAGCUUUCCGCCGAGCGUGAUUGCGUAUCUGUCGAGGUCGGAAGGGGUGUCUUAUCCCAGCAGCGGCCAAGACGAGGAGGAGUCCUUCUUCGAGAGACCACCACCACCCCCGCCGCCUCUUCCGUCUCAGCAGUCGCAGACGCAGGCCGAUCAGGCCUCAAGCGGAUUGGUCAAGGAUGAAGAAGUCGGAGCCAAGGUCGUGGACAUUCUUGACACCGUGCAGGAUCGCGAGGGAAUUAGUUCCGAGGAAUUGGUCGGAUUUGCGCAGCAGAAGGAUGAUAGGACGACGAUUGACGGACAAGUUAGACGACCCCGUCAGAUCACGAGGGACCAUUAUACUUCCAGAAAGACAAGUUGGAGCAGGUCGAAGUACGAUGCACCCCCGGCAGAAGGUACGCGAGUGCCGCACGACGAAGGGGUGACUCUCAGGAGGGAGUUAGCCGGUGCCACGAGGAUCUCCCCAAGCACGAUUGAUCGUGUCUUCGACAACAGUAAUCGGCGACAGUACGGGAUGGGCAUUGUCGGUCGCUUCUUCGGGCGAUCUUUCCGGAAGAGUGUUGCGCGCAAGCCGGACAUAAAGAAGCAAUUGGACGACUUCGAGGAUCAUCGGCCGUAUUUCACGUACUGGAUCACCACCGUGCAAGUGUUGAUUCUCAUAAUAUCGUUGGCGUGUUACGGAUUCGGUCCCGUUGGAAUGGAUCUCAACCAUCGAUCAGGAUUGGUUCUCGUGACGAGUCUGUCGUUGCAACAAGUCGACUACCAAGAACCAGCGAACUUCUGGCUAGGUCCGAGGGCCGCGGAUCUGAUACACUUGGGUGCUAAGUUCGCGCCAUGUAUGCGUCGGGACAUUAAGAUUCUGAAGGAGAUCGACGUUUGGCGGGAAAGAGAACGGGACACCGCUUGCUGCAUCAGGAAUGACGAUUCAGGCUGUGUUCAGUCCAGUAAAGCCGACUGCUCGGUCCGAGGAUUAAGGUCUACUGUUACGAACACAAUCUCGACCUGGAAGAAGUGGGGACCAGGCGAUAGUGGACCUGGUGGUCGCAUCAGUGGAUCAGUUUGCGGUCUGGACCCGAAGUUCUGCGACGCUCCGGCGAGUAUCGCACCCUACGAAUGGCCGGACGACAUCACAAAAUGGCCCAUCUGUCGGAAAACCAAUCCUUUCAACCAACGCUUCAGCAAAAACGGGAGUCAGCGAGGUAACGGCAACUUUCCCAUCGGUCGUUAUAAGGAUAAAAUGGCGGAGCACAUGGUGUGUGAAGUGAUAGGUCAUCCAUGCUGCAUUGGGAUUCAUGGAAUGUGUCGAAUUACCACGAAGGAAUACUGCGAUUUUGUCCACGGCUACUUUCAUGAGGAAGCGUCCCUAUGCUCACAGGUGGAGUGUCUACACGACGUCUGCGGGAUGAUACCGUUUCUGCAUCCGGAAUGGCCCGACCAGUUUUAUAGGCUCUUCACCACUACCUUCCUUCACGCCGGAAUCGUCCAUUUGGCAAUUACGUUGCUGAUCCAGUACUUUCUAAUGAGGGAUUUAGAGAAGUUGACGGGAUCUUUGCGCAUUGCCUUCAUCUAUUUUAUCGGUGCUCUCGCUGGGAAUUUAGGCAGCGCAAUCUUCGUCCCUUAUAGGGCAGAGGUUGGUCCAGCCGGUGCACAUUUCGCGCUCUUGGCUACACUAGUGGUCGAAGUACUGCAUUGUUGGCCGAUGUUGAAACACCCACGACGCGCACUGUCCAAGUUAAUUCUGAUUCUGCUGGGGUUGCUCGUACUAGGCAUUCUACCAUGGGUGGACAACUACGCGCAUCUGUUCGGCUUUAUCUUCGGUUUUUUGGCGGCCUACGCGCUGAUGCCGUUUAUCUCGUUCGGCCAUUACGACCGUAGACGGAAAAUCCUGCUGAUUUGGGUUUGCUUAAUUCUAAUUGUGGGCCUGUUCGCGUUGUUGCUUGCCCUUUUUUACAACGUGCCGGUGUACGAGUGUGAGGUGUGCAAGCUAUUCAACUGUGUGCCAUUCACGCGCGACUUUUGCGCUUCCCAGAACAUCAAUUUCAAGCGGGAGGAGCCGGUAUGACACACGGGGCCGCGGUUCACAGUCGAGCGCGAAGUUGUUCCGUUCGGCCCCCGACCUCACGCUCCUUAUCAUCGCGCAUACCACCACGAUCCGUCAUUAGCGUUCGCUGUGCUCGUCCUGGCGAUGCUUCCCGUCGACUCCCGAAGCCGCAAAAUUUGAAGCCGAUAAAGUGAUCUCUUUAUUUGAAGGCUAACCAAAACUCGAAAUCUUUUAAUUCACUGAAAUCUGAUAUCGUAAAUUAAGCAAAAUUACAGAAAGUUUUUUCUGGAAAUUAUUAGAUAUCCAAAAGAAAAUGUCUUGGAUCUUUGAGGAAGCUAAGAAAAAGAAAUAGAAGAAGAAUAGAUCUUUGAAGAAGUUGAGGAAAAAAUCCAGACUUCUCGGGGUUUUUAAAGAAGUUGGGAGCAGUAUUUCCUUUUAUCCUAUUUACUGGAAAUAUCAGAAGAAGGAAAAAUUUGUAAGAAAAAUAUUUUGAAUUUUGGAAGAAGCUAGGAAAUGAAUCGGAGACAUAAUUUCUUGUCUCUUCAAUAAAAUUGAAGAAGAAAUCAAAGAUGAAGAAUGACAAGAAAUGUUUCUUUAAUCUUUAUAAUUAAUACUUCAUGAUCUGAAUUAUCAAGCUUCCAAAAUCGUCCAAGAUAUGCAUUAGCCAGGUUACAAGAUCGCAGAAUACGAGCUUCUAGAAUGAUUCCUCUAUUCGAUGACCGAGCCACCGAGCGAUGAAAUCGGAUUCGGAUCACCGAAGCUUCUGAAAUUUCACCAGCCCGAAGUUCGAUCUCUCCGAAGUCGCGGAGCCUGUCGAGCUCCGAAAAUCGGAAUCAACGUUCUCAUAUCGUUCGUACUGUCCGAAUGAGUGAUACUAGGAUGCGAACGAGGGGCAUGGGGGUUUGAUAGUGCCUGGAUCGAGCGGGUGAAGGUCGUGGAUCUCGACCGACAUUUUCGCUACUGCCAACGAACGCCAGAGAGGAACUCGUGUUCGUCGACGCACGACGAUGCCUUAACAUUAUUAAGUCCCAGCGUAGUGGAUGAUUCCCGACGUGAGAGAUGGUCGGGACUCGGCGGGCCCUGAGGGGGCUCAGGACUUUGAAUCGCCGAUGGAGUGUAAAUAUACAGGUCUUCGGUGCCCCGUGACGACGACGAGUGGGUGCUCCACGGGUCAUCUCCACGGGAUCCGUGAAUUCUCGCGGAGAAUUCUUGAUGGAACUUGGCGUGGCUGCAGCAUCCAUCUCCUCGAGGUGUUAAUAGAAAAGUGGAAGAGGAGGGGGAUAAGAAUGAAUACGAGAAUGAAGAUGAAGAGAAAGAGGAGAAGGAGAAAGAAAACAUGAGGAGGGGCAGAUGUAAAUAGCAUCGAGUCUUGUUACAUACCGUUGUAAGAACGACCUUAGUAAGCUAACUUUAGGAAGAACCUUGAAAGUGCGCACGUCUUUCGUCUCUGCACGAUAUAGUACCCCGCACCUCCGACAUCCGGAACUAUUGUCUGUGAUGGCUUGAUCUUGGAGAUAUUUUUCGUAGCACCGCCAACGGCCGCGAUGACGUUGGUCGCGAGCCUUUCUGUAAGGACGAUCCGGGAAUGACCACUGUCUGGACACCAGUCGAUAACUCGAUCGAUGACUGUGAGAAAAGAGGAUGAAGAAGAGCAUAAGUUUUCCGAGACGUGUAACAUAUACGCGAAAAAACGCGCGUAUAUCUUUUCUGAUGCAUAUAUAAUCUUAUGUUUAAGUAUAAUUAUUGAGAAGAAGAUAAAAAAAUGAUGUAUGCAAAAUAUGCAUCAUAUUUCGUCGAUAUUUUGAGGCGUAACAUAAAACUCACUAAUUUCCCAUCACGAUCUUUCAAUUCGAUUCGAUUAUUGUCAUUAAUAGGAUUAUAGUUUGAUAGUUAUGUAAACUAGUUCAUGAAUUUUUUAUAAGAUAUUGAUUUAUUAAUUCAGUUCUAAUGUAACACACAUGAUAUUGCAAUUUGUAGUAUAUCUAGAAUACCAAUUUGCAUUACACUAAGUAACAGUACAAAUUUCAUUUAAUAACUUUAUUUCUCGAUACUGCAUAUUAAUAACGGUGAUAAAAGCGUGAUGCAAAAUGCAGCACGUAAUAACGAUACUCAACAAUGGCGUGGCACAAUGGCAAGUGUUGAAGUAUUCGACCGGUAUCCAGACAGUUGAAUUCUUAUCGAGGAUAGGAGGGAGGGGGAGGUCCGAGGCAGAGGAGGCGGGAGGAAAGUGUUAACGAUUUAAGGCGAAACGAAUCAAUUUUUUAUAACGGCGUGAGAGAGAGUGAGAGAAAGGGUGGGAGAGCAAGGAUGAUGCGAAUAUCAGAAUUCUUAAUCAAUCUUGAAAUCUGUAAAUAUAUAUACCUGCGAGAAAGUGCGAAGGAAUGCGAGGGAAUAAGAGAGAAGAGGCGAAAGCGACGAAGGAGAUGUACGAAACAUAUGAGGCGAUUCGACGAUUUUACUCUGGGAGUUGAAACUCUUGUAUUUUUUCGGCGGGUUCUCCUCUCAGAUACUGAUGCGUCCGCAAGCGCUUAUUACGCUUGCGACGACAACAAAACAUACUUAACAUUCCUUUGUAUAUCCGUAAAAUGGAAAAUCGAGCUCGCUGUAAGAUUAUGCCAGUUUCAAUUCCUAUUUUAUUCAAUCCAUUGCAUACGCAUGUACACGCACAUAUAUAUACGGAUAUCGCGAUAAUCGUUAAUUUUUUCAUUGCAUCUGCGUUGUAUUGAUGCGAACUAUAGAUUUUGCGAAUCCGUGGAUUUAUGCUCGUCCAUGAUCAUAGAAGACAUAUUAUUUAUUUAUACAGUUUCUUAUAUCGGAAAUUAAUUUAAAUGACACGAGAAGGGGAGGGGGAGGAAGGUAACGGAACGUUUCCAGAAAAUUAAAUUUGGACAGAAAAGUGCUUGAAAGUAGAAUAGUUAAAUUUGCAAUUACUUAAAAUAAUUGACGGUAGAAAUUUAAAAUUUUCAUAAAAUUAUUAUUUAUGAUGCUUUUUUCCGUCGAUUUAUAUUAUUUGUCGCUAAUGUUCUCAAAUAUUUUCUUCCACCGACUAACUCCUCUUUCAAUUCUUUCGAAACAGCUCGGCUAACAUCUGCGGCAAAAUUUCCGAUUUACAUUUGUGACAUUGUCGCAUAGAUACACCAAACAUAUGUGCGCGCAACAUACAAACAUAGAACUUUAUCCUUCAGAACGCAAAUUGCAAGCAUUGUCGCAUACAUACAUACAUACAUGCAUGUCGAUUAUCGUCAUUGUUAUUGCUCGCAUUAAAUCGAAACGGCGCAUUCGGAAACUUUGUGAUAUACGACUUGACGAUUGCAUGAGGAGAGAGAGAGAGAGAGAGAGAGAGAGAGAGAAAUAGAAAGGAGAAAAUGAGAGUGUGUGUGAGAGAGAGAGAAAGAGCCUGUGUGUGUUAGUGGUGACUCAAUGUCCCACUAAAUUUUUUUUCGGAUUAUACAUAUAAAUAUAUAAAUAUAAACAUAUACAUAUACGCGCGCGGGUUAAGAUGGUUCGUCGACGACGAGCAGCGUAUUGUUAUUAUUGUAAAUGUGUCAUAUACAGAUAAUAGCAUUCGACAUACCACACACACAGAGAGAGUAAAGGAGAAAAACACUCAUAUACACAUAUAUACAGCACAUUCAAACAGUAUAUACACAUAUGAAUACACGUAUAUACAUAACACACAUACACAAGAUGGAGAUAAAUAAAUUGAGAACCUUCGAUA